AUGAACGCUCGUCCACAUAAGCAGUCUAUGUCGGAGCUAAAGCUUCGCAGGCUCACAGAACACAACCAACGACUGCGAGAGGAUCUCGCGCGACCGCGAAUGAGAGUGAGCGAAGCUAGUGCAAGUUUAAUUCGUUACUGCAAGACCACAAAAGACCAUUUGGUACCUUCUGUGUGGGGACCCGUUGGAAGGGGUGAGGACCCGUACGCACCGCCGCAAACAGGCUGCACCUGUAUCGUGAUGUGA